AAACCAGCAACUAUCGUAUUUAUUAAAACUUAAAUUGUAAUAUCAUUUCAAAUUUUACUGUCAAUAAAAACGGUUGUCCUGGUCCCAAGAAAAGACAAAGAAAAAACACAAAUAAAAGAAACCCCAAAAACCACUAGAAGUGCAAAUAUUUGUAUAGAGGACUUAUUUGAAACGAAAUUGUGAAUUAGUUAGUAGACUCUAGUCAAGAUAUGACAUCAAAGGAUAGCCUCAAAUCUGAUGGCACAGUGACCAAAACUCAAGUGCAGCACAUGCAUCAACUGAAGCAUCAGCACAGCUUUGAGCAACGCUAUGCUUCUAUCAUAAAUCAACAGAUACUGGAGACUACCAUCAACAAGGAAGUGCUGCAAAGGCAGGCCAAUGCUUUCUUUCCCUUUGGACGCAGUUCCUCGAGUGACAGCUCAGAAGGGAGUAAAAUUAAACAAAUUCAAGAAGAAGAUGCAGAGCAAGAGGUUACGGAAAGCGUAGAAAAACAAAAACAGGCUGAGGCUGGGGCCGUUGAGUAGAGGAAACAAUAGAAUGUGAAUUACAGUUGAGUCAUUGCGUUUCCUUUCAUAUGGUUGGCAUUAACCAUAACCAAAAAGGAGCGCUUCAAUGUAGUAUCAAGUCAUCCAUCUAGAGUUUUGUAAUUAAGCAAAAAUCCAUUUACUAAGUAAGUUAGUUUGUAA